CCGAUGUGACUGAGCUGAUGGGCGGGCUCGAGAUUGACUUCGACCUCGAAGUCCCGGCUGAAUCGAGUAUGAGCGAGGUGAGUUGCGUCGUGGAAUGUCACUGCCUGGCGCUGACCCCAGCACGCCGUGUAUGGCGAUAUGGCGUUCAACUACGACACUUCGCGGCCAUGGUACCCGUGGCUAUACCGGAUCGAUUUUGUCAAGCCGGACGCGAAGUGGGGCACGACGUUCGAGGACACGGCCGCAAGCCUCCCCGGCGCCGUGGUGCACGAGAACUUCAACGCGACCGCCGUGUCGUGGGACGCGGGGGAUGGCCGCGACGGUCGCGACUUCCGCCUGCUGAGCUUCACGUGGCGCGAGAGCGCGCGUGACUCAGCCUCGCCCCUCCUCGUGACGACGCACACGGUGACGCGCACGCAGAUCCAGGCGGCGCUGGAACGCAUGGUCCGCCGCCCGAACAACGCGUGGUGGGCGCUCGAUACCCUGCGCCCGCUGCUCACUGCCACGCCCACCAAGCUCCGACGAUCCAGCAUAUGGAUGGACGCCGCGCGAACCGCCGUCAAAGUCGCAAAUAUAUUCCAGGCGCAGUACCGCGACAUAGUGCGGUUUGCCGUCGCGGUUCACGAGCUCGCGGACUACGAGCAUGCGCACGAGCUGCCGUUCGCUGAUGGGCUGUGCCUCACGCACGCCUUCGACGACCACUUCCUCCGCCCGCCACGAUUUUACUCACCCCCAUCGCUCGCCCCGCCGAGUCCAUCGUGGGUCCUCCAAGCCACAGAGUACAUCCAUGCGUACCUCGACACCGAGACGGGCGAGUACGAGUACGUGCAGGACAUGGCACUCGUGCUCGCCGUCGACGAGCACCGCAAGGCGCUUGAGAAGCUCAAUGGCGGAAGAGUGAAGAUCGCGAAAACGGAAUAGUACACUGGACGUGCCAUACAUUGUCGCGCGUGCGCUACAAUGCCCUGAUUUGCACUAUUGCUCAGCUGUUCAUCGUUCUAACACUACAUGUCUACGGUACGAGCCUUCACAAAACGGACUCCCUCCGCCUCUCUUCCAGCUCCUCAAUCCUCGACUACGAC